UGAUGAUUGGGAAAUCUUAGGAUAGAAUUGUUGGAAUUUUAGUAUUGAUUGAGAAUGGGUGAGUCCAUCUUUUGUUUUAGAAAAUGUAGAUUAGGAAGAGUAAUGGGUUGCAUUCAGCUUGUGCUAGGUUCACUUGUUAUACUCGUGAGCCUUUCGAGUUUGUUUAGGUUUUAUUCUGCUGGAUUUUUCUUACAUGAUGAGGAUAUAUGUCGCCAUUUUUAUGGUGUGAAGGAUGUUUAUGAUAGUUUUGAUGUAAAAGCACUGAGUUCUCGCGUUGAUGAAGUGCUCGAUAAGAUGGAAAGUUUGCAAGAUAAGAUUGAAUUGAUUGUACAAGAGAUGGAGAAGAACAAAAAUGAGUUAGAAAAAGGGAGUAUUCCCAAAUUGGAAUACAAGAAGUUCUUGGAAGAAGAGGUGAUUAAGCCUUUAUACUCUGCUCAUAUUGCCCUUAGGCAAAUUAGGAUGCCUAGAGUUGAAGGAAUUGGGAAUGUGACUAUUAAGGAACAUCCCUUGAUUAAUAAUUUUGUGAUUGAGGAGAUUCGAAAGUAUAUUACCCCGAAGGAGAAUAGACAUAAGAAGGUUAAUAUUUUUGGAACACAGAUGAUUUAUAACACGAUAGGGCAUGCUUGUGCGUCGAUGAAGAAAGAAUUGGAGGAAUAUAUGGAUUAUGAUAUUGGAUCUUAUUGUAAAGAUGAUUGGAACAUUGCUCAGAAGCUUAUGAUUAAUGGUUGUGAUCCUUUGCCAAGGAGAAGGUGUUUGACAAGGGCCUCUAAGCUCUAUCAGAAGCCUUAUCCAAUUAACGAGUCCUUAUGGAGGAUCCCAGAUGGGAGAAAUGUUAGGUGGAGCAAUUACCUUUGCAGGAACUACGAGUGUUUAUCGAGUAAGAAUCCUAAAAGAGGUUACACUAAGUGCACCGGAUGUUUUGAAAUGGAUAAAGAAGAGAUAAAAUGGGUAACAAAUUCUUCACUUCCUGUGGAUUUCUUGAUCAAAGAUGUAUUGGCAGUUAAGCCAGGGGAGAUCAGAAUUGGUCUGGAUUUUGGCAUUGGAACGGGGACUUUUGCUGCAAGAAUGAGAGGGCAGAAUGUGACAAUCAUUACGACUGCACUGAAUCUUGGAGCUCCUUUCAGCGAGACGAUAGCACUUAGGGGUUUGAUUCCACUAUAUGUGACACUGAAUCAAAGGCUUCCAUUCUUCGACAACACUAUGGAUUUGAUCCACACUGCUGGAUUUAUGGAUGGUUGGAUCGAUCUACAGCUGUUAGACUUUAUCCUAUUUGACUGGGAUCGCGUUUUGAGACCAGGAGGCUUGUUGUGGAUUGAUCGAUUCUUUUGUAAUAGGACUGAUCUGGAUGAUUUUAUGUACAUGUUUCUGCAGUUCAGGUACAAAAAGCAUAAGUGGUCUAUUGCUCCCAAGGCCAAGGAUGAAGUUUAUCUUUCUGCAUUAUUAGAAAAGCCUGCUCGAUCUUUAUGAUCAUACGAAGCAUUAGAGCUCAUGU